AUGUCUUAUGCCGAGUUCGAAGAAGACCGGGUUCCUAAGCUGAUAGCCCACGCCCGGAAAAUCGCACAUGACUUCGACUUUCCAGCGGAGGAGGUCCGGCGCGCAACACUCCACUUCUUGAAGCAGCUUAACGAGGGACUCCAGCGAGAUGGCACCUCAAUGUGCCAGAUUCCGUCCUUUGUGACAAACCUGCCCAAUGGCUCUGAGAAAGGCGUCUGUCUGGCCAUCGACCUCGGCGGUACCAACUUGAGAGUAUGCUCGGUCGAGUUGAACGGGGAUUCUACGUACUCUCUUACUCAGUCUAAGGCGGUGAUCCCAAGACAUCUUAUGUCCGCACCAACCUACAAAGAUCUUUUUAGAUUCAUCGCCUUACAAACCAAGACCUUUUUGGAGAAGUACCAUGCUCCAGAUUUGGAUGCAUGGGCUCUGUUGCUGAAAGAUGAGAACGUUACCGAGGAGGAACGAAAGAAGCACUGUAAGAGCUUGGGCUUCACUUUCAGUUUCACGUUUGAUCAACACGCCAUCAACAAGGGAACUCUGAUGUAUUGGACCAAGUCAUUCGACAUUCCCGAUGCGGUGGGCCGCGAUCCCUGUGCAAUGCUGCAGGAAGCCCUUGACGAACAGCAGUUGCCUCUCCUGGUCACUGCUCUCGCAAACGACACGGUUGGCACUUUGGCGGCCCGAGCCUACACAUCGCCCGGUCAGUCUAGUAAUGUGGUUGGUGCGAUCUUUGGAACGGGAACCAAUGGCGCCUACAUGGAACGCAUCUCUCGUAUUACCAAGCUGCAUUCCAAAAAGGUGUUCCGGGACUCGGAACCAAAUGCAAUGAUGGCGCUCAAUACAGAGUGGGGUGGUUUUGACAACAAGCUUGAGGUGCUGCCAACAACGAAAUACGAUCGCGAGCUGGACCGGGACUCCGUCAACCCAGAUGACCAACACUUUGAGAAGAGGAUAUCCGGCAUGUAUCUGGGCGAGAUCCUUCGACGGAUUCUCGUCGACCUAGUCCAGUCACAGCCAGGUCUUCUUGAGCUCAAGGUCUCUGAAGAUUCUUUGCUUCAUGUACCCGACAGUAUCGACAGCUCGCUCUUGUCUAUGGCGGUUAAGGAUGACACCCUGGAGCUGGAGCACGCACGGCGCGAAAUAUCAAGAGUGCUCGAAGCCACCCAUGUAUCAGUGAACGACGCGAAAGCUAUUCGGAUUCUUUCUGAAGCGAUUGGUCGGAGAUCCGCGAGAUUGUCUUCUGUUGCGAUUGCUGGGGUCGCCCUGCAAUCUGGAAUCUUCGGGCCAAAGACUGUUGCACAACUUUCGCCGUCUUGGAGUUUGGGCAUCAAUAUCCUUAAGCCCAUUCUCUAUGGUGUUCAGAGUCUUUGGAAGCUCCUUGCAAGCUGGCUCCAUGUCAAGAUCCGAGAUACCGCCCCCCAAAAGGCGUCUUCGAGCUCAGUUGAUGACUCCAAUUCUACUGAAGCCGACGGCGAGGAUGAAAUCAUUGAUAUUGGCGUCGAUGGAUCUUUGGUCGAACAUUUCCCUAACUUUGAGAAGCAUCUUCGAGAAGCUCUUAAAGAUAUCCCUGAGAUCGGCGACCAUGGAGACAAAAUGAUUAAAAUAGGGAUGGCUAGAGAUGGCAGCGGUGUUGGGGCUGCGCUGAUUGCAUGGGCAGCAAGAUCGUAA